AUCCCCGAGAGGAACAGAGACGCUCCUCCGCCCGUCUCCAUGUGGCUGUCGAGCAGUCACCAGGCGUCUGAGAGAGAGAGGGAGCUGGAGAAGCUGGUGUUCAUGCUCCUCACCCACACGUCACACAUUGACCUGAAAUCACCCAUCAGCCAGUGCCCACUCUGUGAAAAGUCUCUUUUGGAAGUUCUACACGUUUGCAACAUCUUCUCGUUUCCCUUGACAUCACCCAUGACCACGGACCUGACCCACGUGCCCUUCGGCUUCACAGCUCCUGGCAGCUACAGUAGAGCGAAGGAGCGUAGCUUUGGCUGCAAGGUGUGUGGAAAAGAGUUCAAGCGCUCGUCCACCCUGUCCACACACCUCCUCAUCCACUCGGACACACGACCCUACCCCUGCCAGUACUGUGGGAAAAGGUUCCACCAGAAGUCAGACAUGAAGAAACACACUUUCAUACACACAGGUGAGAAACCACACGUGUGCAAGGUGUGCGGUAAAGGAUUCAGCCAAAGCUCCAACCUCAUCACCCACAGCAGAAAGCACAGCAGCUACCAGCCGUACAGCUGCGGCCGCUGUCACGUCACCUUCCAGCGCAGGGUCGACCUACAGCGCCACCAAGAGACGCAGUGUGGCUAUUAA